AGCAGAACCUCUGCGUCCCAGGGACCCCGGCCCACGCCAUGGCGGACUCUGAGCGCCUCUCAGCCCCUGGCUGCUGGCUAGCGUGCACCAGUUACUGGCGCACCAGAAAGGGAAUUCUCCUGUUCGCCGAGAUUGUACUGUGCUUAGUGAUUUUGAUUUGCUUCAGUGCAUCGACAUCAGCAUACUCCUCACUGUCAGUGAUUGAGAUGAUCUUUGCUGCUGUCUUGUUUGUCUUCUACAUGUGUGACCUGCACACCAAGAUACCGUUCAUCAACUGGCCCUGGACUGACUUCUUCCGAUCCCUCUUAGCUGCCAUCCUCUACCUGAUCACCUCCAUUAUUGUCCUUGUGGAUGGAAGAGGGAACUCCAAAAUUGUCGCUGGGGUACUGGGACUAAUUGCUACGUUCCUCUUUGGCUAUGAUGCCUACUUCACCUUCCCACUUCAGCAGCAAAGACAUACAGCAGCCCCCACUGACCCCACAGAUGGCGCAGUGUAGGUGAACAUCAUUCAUCUUUCUCUGAAACCUGCAAAUAGCUCUUC